ACUCAUCUGUUUACAGACAUCCGGAAAAACAUGGAGGAAGCCACUGGCAGUAAUCCUCAAUCUCUUGGCUUUACUGAGAAAUUAAAGUCUUGGCUCUCUUGGUCAUGGACUUACGUGUGCUUCAUUUGGUUCGGCAUGGUGCUGGUCAUGAUAUAUGUCCUGUGGAGCCCGCUGAAACUGCAGGAAACUCUUACCUCAGCUUCAGUGUUUUUAAAUACACUGACUCCGAAAUUCUAUGUGGCUCUCACUGGAACCUCCUCUCUCAUAUCUGGACUAAUCCUUAUAUUUGAGUGGUGGUAUUUCCGUAAAUAUGGGACCUCAUUCAUUGAACAAGUGUCAGUGAGCCACCUGCGUCCUCUCCUGGGAGGAGUGGAGAGCAGCUCCACAACUGGUCUGUUCUCAUCGGUUAAUGGAGAGGCAGAGCCUAGACCCAGUGUUUCAGAGUGCAAGGUCUGGAGGAAUCCUUUGAAUCUGUUCAGAGGAGCAGAAUACAACAGGUACACCUGGGUAACAGGGAAGGAACCAUUAACAUACUAUGACAUGAACCUGUCUGCUCAAGACCAUCAGACCUUCUUCACAGGAGACACUCAGCAGCUGAGGCCAGAGGAUGCUGUCAUGCAGAAAGCCUGGAGAGAGAGAAAUCCUCAAGCCAGAAUCAGAGCAGCUUACCAGGCCAUAGAAAUAAACCAUGAAUGUGCUGCAGCCUAUGUUCUCCUAGCAGAGGAAGAAGCAACAACUAUCACAGAAGCUGAACGCCUCUUCAAAAAAGCAUUAACUAUUGCUGGAAAAGAUAUCAACUUACUAGUGUACAUUAAACGCAGGCUGGCAAUGUGUGCACGAAAGCUGGGACGCAUUAAAGAAGCAGUGAAAAUGAUGAGAGAUCUAAUGAAGGAGUUCCCACUGUUAGGAAUGUUAAAUAUACAUGAAAACCUCCUGGAGGCACUGUUAGAGCUUCAGGCUUAUGCUGAUGUCCAAGCAGUUCUUGCCAAAUAUGAUGACAUCAGCUUGCCAAAAUCAGCCACUAUAUGCUACACAUCAGCACUGUUGAAAGCACGGGCUGUAUCAGAUAAGUUCUCUCCAGAGGCAGCAUCAAGGCGGGGGCUAAGCACAGCAGAAAUGAACGCUGUGGAGGCCAUACACAGAGCUGUUGAAUUCAAUCCACACGUGCCAAAGUAUUUGCUAGAGAUGAAGAGCCUGAUCCUACCUCCAGAGCACAUCUUGAAGAGGGGUGACAGUGAGGCAGUGGCAUAUGCUUUCUUUCACCUGCAACACUGGAAGAGGGCAGAGGGAGCCUUAAACCUACUACACUGCACCUGGGAGGGCACCUUUCGGAUAAUUCCCUACCCACUGGAGAAGGGUCAUCUGUUUUACCCUUACCCAGGAUGCACAGAAACAGCAGACAGGGAACUACUGCCCUCUUUUCAUGAGGUGUCUGUGUACCCAAAGAAAGAGCUUCCCUUCUUCAUCCUCUUCACAGCAGGCCUUUGCUCCUUCACCGCCAUGCUGGCCAUGCUCACACAUCAGUUCCCUGAGCUUAUGGGUGUCUUUGCCAAAGCAUUCUUCAGCACACUCUUUGCACCCCUGGGUUUCUUCGCAGACAAGAUGGAAAGCUUCAUGCCGUCCAGUUUUUGGCACCAACUGACUCAGAUUUGACCCCUUGGCUUUCGCUGUCAUACACACACACAUAUCCGACAAAGAGACACACCAAUAUCACUCGAAACCCUCAGACAAAAAGUGUUUGCUCUCCUGUCUUCAGCAUUACUGUCAACUUGCUGCAUUGUUACUGAUUAUGUUGGCUGAGGUUAUAUCAACACGGCAAUACCACACUUAAGAUGCUCUCCCACACUGUUCCAGCAGCAAGGGUUUUUCCAAGAACACAUUUAGAGGAUACAGUUUGCAGCGAUUUCACGGGGUCAUUCAUUUGUUAUCGUGGAAAUUCAAAAAUUUCAGUAUCCCGCAAAGCCUUGCUCAGAAUUUUGUUCAACGACAAACUGAUGUUUUAGCAGUGCAACUUAACCUAUUUUUCACAGCAUAAUUUUAUGUGUAUUAGAAAGAGCCAAGAGGUAUUCGGGAUGGGGACCUAUAUGUGCUCUAUCCACCCACUGCGCCCCACAGACAAUCCAGUGGGUCAUAUUUAAAAGUCUGAGACCUCCUAAAAACAGAGCUGUGAUUUACAGCCUUGGAGUGGCUGCUGUGUAUACAGUGCCUCUGCAGUUCAACAGUUGUUACCAUGGCAUGACAUCUCAGCACUAUAUCACAGGGGCAAGUGCCCCCCAAGCAUAGUUAGCUAGGCCUGCUUACAGAUAUGUUGAGUUACAUUUAGAGAUGAUAAGCAACACAAACAGACAUGCCCAGACAUGCUCUGCUAAGUAAGAUGCCAUUUUACUUAGUACAUGCAAACCCCCUUGCCCUGCUUUUACGUGUGUUCAUUUUGCCUGAAAUAGUACACGUGUUGAUUCUGCUGUAACUGUGUUGUUUCCAACAGUUCUUUUCUUCUAUGAAAGAUUUGCUCUUCUUUGUUUUAUUGAACUACAUAUGCUGAGUUACCUGCAAAGUAUUAUAUAAAAACUGUUUGAUAAUGUAAUCACUUGUCAGAAAAAAAAAGUGUCUGGUACAAAAUUGUAAUAAAACUGUAGAUAUACUAAUCUGUAUAUUGAUAUAUAUUAUUCACAGAAAAUAUACAGUAAGACUAUGAAGAAUGUACUAUUUGAAGCUUUUUUUAAAACGUAAAAUACAUCAGCAUUGAUGUAACGUCACAUCAUCUCAACAGUUUAUUACAUUAACAGGUUGUAUUACAUUUUCUAAGCCAUUAGCAUUAUAUGUUUCUUUUAAUUUGUCGAGUUACUUAUUACAUUAUCUGCUGCUACAACAAUAUAGACAAUAUUCAUGCUUCGUGAUGAAUUGUGAGUGACAUUAUACUGUACUGACAGUUCUCCACUCCCAUGUGUAAUUACAGAAACAUGUGAUAUUUAGGUGCCUUUUUAGUACAUCACACUAACUAAACACACCAAUCUGGCACUUACUUUACCUGGAAUAUUGAUGUAGUGUUUAGUAGCAACUCUGUCCGGUUUCUCUGUAUGAAAUCUGUUAAAUCUAUUCCUUCAAAACUAUCAAUUCUAACAGCAUUAUUCAGUGUUCAGUGAGAAGCAUCAGUAGAUAUACCAGCCAAGUAACAAUGCCAAAGGAGAAAAUGGCCAUUUGGAAUUUGUUAAUAAUAUAAUAUUUGUAUUACAUUGGCUUGUAAUAUUCGUCUGUUGAAAAGUAUGAGUACAUGCUGAAGACAGGAGAAUGUCUGAACAACUAACUUACCCUCGGUUGAGUUUGAAAGCAAAACUCAUUAAAUUACUCUUGUGGUGCAAUAUCCUGGCAUGUGUGACUUGUUUUUAUUAGAUUUUAUUGUCUUAGCUAUGCUAAAUUGCAUACUAUGCACAGAGCUUAUCCAGGGUACAGACUGGACAAACUGCGCAAGGACAGGUAAUCUCUAUAGCUAACGAUUUUCAACAUGAAGUAGCAGAGAUGAAUACUGUCAUUUGAAAGGUGGAUGUAAUAUCCUUCAUCGUGGUUUCUUACGGUUUCUCACUCUGCUCCUGGACUAUAUAAAGCCAAGAGUCAUCAUGCCUCUCAUAAAGAUUAUACCACUCUGCAACCAUCAGCAGAUGCUUUUACAUGGGAUGUUCCCAGUGAACCGCUGCUGCCAUAAUCAUACCCCAUACACUCAUGCUCAAGUGGUGAGCAGUGGUAAUGAAAAUCAUUGUGGAGGAUUGCUGAUGGGUGCUCAAGUGUUUUCUCUCAGUGCCAAAGUGGAUUUCAUGCAGGACGUUGAAACAUAUAUUUCUCGCUGACCUCCACUGAGAAGUGCUUCAAAGACAGGUUAACAGAGUGAAGAAGAAGAAGGGUCGACGGAGUACGGAAAAUAAAGAGUAAAUAUGACAGUAAAUAUGUGAACUAGGCAGAAAGUGACAGGUUUGAUUUUAUCACUUUGUGCAUUUAUGAUAAGCUAAUAGAUGGAUAGAUACUUUAUUAAGUGUCAAAU